GUUUGUAUGAUUGCUCAUGUAACUGCCAGGAAAAUGCCAGCCCUUCACCGGUACGAAGAAGAGAAAUUCUUCAUCAGUGCUGAGGGCAGGAAAGAAUCUGUACCAAGUAUACAUGAUCCCCCUACAAAGGAACUCUCUGUUGUUGUGCCUUCUUACAAUGAGGAAGACCGGUUGCCUCUUAUGAUGGAUGAAGCUUUGGAUUAUCUAGAAAAAAGACAGAAACGAGAUCCUUCAUUCACUUAUGAAGUUAUAGUGGUUGAUGAUGGUAGUAAAGAUCAGACUACAAAGGUUGCAAUGAAGUACUGCAAGAAAUAUGGAAGCAACAAGGUGCGAGUGCUUACUUUGGUAAAAAAUCGAGGGAAAGGAGGAGCAGUCAGGAUGGGUGUCUUUAGUUCUCGUGGGAAAAAAAUUCUUAUGGCUGAUGCAGACGGAGCUACAAAAUUUGCAGAUAUUGAAAAAGUAGAAGAAGGUCUGAAAAAUCUUCAGCCGUGGCCUAACCAGAUGGCAAUUUCUUGUGGUUCUAGAGCUCAUCUGGAGAAGGACUCAAUAGCAAAGCGCUCCUACUUUAGAACUCUUCUCAUGUAUGGCUUCCACUUCCUCGUGUGGUUUCUCUGUGUCAAAGAGAUCAGGGACACGCAGUGUGGAUUCAAACUUUUCACCAGAGAAGCUGCCUUGAGGACCUUCUCAACUCUUCACAUUGAACGCUGGUAA